CGGGGCCAGGGCUGCGCGUGGGGCUGGGUGUCCCGUUGAAAAGGCGGCCGCACUCCGGCGCCCCACACUCUCACUUCUGGCCAGGGAACGUGGAAGGCGCCCCGACAGGGAGCCAGUCGGGGAGGGCGAGCGAAAGGAGGGCCUGAGAAAGAAAGGGGGUUCACAAAAUAAUAAACACCGCCGGGCCGCGGCCGGAGAGACCGAGGCGCAGGAGAGCCAGGGCCGGGGCCGCGGAGACUCUGCAGGGCGCGCUCGCCGCCGCUGACUUUUGCAGCUUCUUCCGCCUCUUAUUUUUUUUUUUAAAUUCCAAGAAGGCGCGAGCGGCAGCCGCACACGCGAGCGCCACGCGAGGCUCCGAAGCCAACCGCGGAGGGCGGAGGGGCGGGAGGAGGAGGCGGCGGCGCAGAGGGCGGAGGACGCGCGUUGGCACCUGCUCCGCUCCCACUCCAAGAAGUCUCCCGGGGAUUUGGCAUUUUUAAAAAACUUCUCCCGAGGCUCCUUCUCCACCUCUCCCCUUCCUUCCUUCCUUCCUCCCUUCCUCCCUUCCCUCUGCGAUCGCGCCCCCGAGUCCAGCCCUCGUCCCCCGCGCGCGCCCCGCUGCCGUGCGCGCAUGGAGAGCUCGGCCCAGAUGGAGGGCGCUGGCGCCGGCGCGCAGCCCCAGCCGCAGCCCUUCCUGCCGCCUGCAGCCUGCUUCUUCGCCUCGGCAGCCGCCGCCGCCGCCCAGAGCGCGCAGCCCGCGCCGCUGAGCCCGGCGGCCGAUGGCCAGCCCUCAGGGGGCGGUCACAAGUCGGCGCCCAAGCAAGUCAAGCGGCAGCGCUCGUCCUCGCCCGAGCUGAUGCGCUGCAAACGCCGGCUCAACUUCAGCGGUUUCGGCUACAGCCUGCCGCAGCAGCAGCCGGCCGCCGUGGCGCGCCGCAACGAGCGCGAGCGCAACCGCGUCAAGCUGGUGAACCUGGGCUUCGCCACGCUGCGGGAGCACGUCCCCAAUGGCGCCGCCAACAAGAAGAUGAGCAAGGUGGAGACGCUGCGCUCCGCGGUCGAGUACAUCCGCGCGCUGCAGCAGCUGCUGGACGAGCAUGACGCGGUAAGCGCCGCCUUCCAGGCGGGCGUCCUGUCGCCCACCAUCUCUCCCAACUACUCCAACGACAUGAACUCCAUGGCCGGCUCCCCGGUCUCGUCCUACUCGUCCGACGAGGGCUCUUACGAUCCGCUUAGCCCCGAGGAGCAGGAGCUGCUGGAUUUCACCAACUGGUUCUGAGGGGCUCGGCCCGCUCGGGCUCCGGGGCGAAUGGACUUUGGAAGCAGGGUGAACUGCAGCACAAUCCGCAUCUCUAGUGCUUUUCUCGUGGGCGACGUUGGGAGGGAGCAAAACAAUAAAUCAAUAAAGGAAGAAAACACAUACACAAAACCAAACAAAAACAGGCCACCGACCCCAACGUUGGCCCACUCAGCCACACAUGCCUGCGAGGCGCUCAGAAAAGAAGGAUGCGCUCAGAGUAGUGGCUUGCAAUGCAAGCUUUCGCUGGGAUAAGAAGCCACUGGCACCCGAGGCUAAGCCCCAAGUGGCUCGCUGGCCAAGGCUGUGGCCUCCGCGGUGGGAGCAGCCCGCGCUCCUCAGAACGCCCACCCACCGCCACCAGGCAGGGCUGGGCCCGCCGGCUCGGUGCCUUCACCCCAGCCCUCUCUCCAAGCGAGCGCAGGGCUCGGCUCUCUGGAAACGGGUGGUCCUCUAUUCAUCACAGUGACCCGGCCGGCCUCGGUCUGCAGUGAAACUCAGUCCCCUGAAACCCCUCCCCGCCUCCCACCCCUCCUAUGCCACUGUCUUUUCUACUGUUGUCGUCAUAGGAUGCUUCCAAUCUUUUGUGAAUUUUUUUAUUAUAAGAAAAAUCUAUUUGUAUCUAUCCUAACCAGUUUGGGGAUAUAUUAAGAUAUUUUUGUACAUAAGAAAGAAAGAGAGAGAGAAAAAAAAUUUAUAGAAGUUUUGUACAAAUGGUUUAAAAUGUGUAUAUCUUGAUACUUUAACAUGUAAUGCUAUUACCUCUGCAUAUUUAGCCGUGUAGUUCACCUGACAGCUGCCAGUCCCCUCUGUGGUUUUUGUAAAGAACUCUCCUCAUAGGUGAGCUCAGAAAGCCGCCCGAUGCCCUGCAGCACCGAUGUGUCUUACUUUAUAGAAAUGUUGUUAAUGUAUUAAUGAUGUUAUUAAAUCCCGUUCACGAAGAACAAAGUUUAUCCAGCUACUGUCCAAACGAAAAGUGGCAGCCAGGUGGUUUUGAUCGGCUGCCUUUUGGAAAUUUCUACCACUGCCUUUUUUUUUCUUACUGUUUGAUGACAAACUUACAAAAAUGUGUAUAACCCUGUUUUAUACAAACUAGUUUCAUAAUAAAACUUUUUUCCUUUUUUUAAAAAAAAA